AUGCUUCAGAGAGAGUGGGCCACUAUGGGUAACGGGACACCACGCAUCAGGCUGUUUAUAGGUUUCCCAGCUCUGUGUCUCUUCAUGCUGUCUGCUGCUGAUGUGCUUCAAGCUGAGAGGAAUGGGCCUCCAGAAAAUUGGGAUACUAUUAGACAGCAUCGUCGGAGGAUCCGAGAUGACUUCAAUCUGGAUGUGGAUGAGUUGCUUGGAUUUUUGAGCGACAAGAGAGUCUUCACACAUAAUGAGGAGAAGAUCAUUCGUCGAGUAGAUGAUCUAUCGGAGCGAUUUGAUAAGCUCUUCGACAUCCUUCUCGUCAAGAACCUGGAUAUGAUUCCCCUCUUCUACGAGACCCUCUCUGCCAUGGGGAGGAAUGACAUCAGGGAAUUUUUACAAGGAUCCUUCGAGGACAAGCGUAGCGUAGUGAUCGACGACGGAGUAGAAAGUCUGAAUUGUAGGGGAAAUCGGGGAAUUCUGCAACGACUUUGGAUCCUUACUAUUUGUUCUCUUGUUUCAUUGGAACUGAUGGCAUAUGUAUGAACAGGACUGUGUUGUAUUAUUCCUUCGAUGAAACUUGACGAAAAGACAAAUCGGAUGACUGGAAGCACGGAAGUAUUUCCCUCAUUGGAAUGUCGAGAGAUUAAUUCUGUCGUAAUCAGACUUAAUGGUGAGCAUUUGGCUCAUUUCGAACCUCUUCUGGUCAAGUCGCAACACUUUUCUGGGAAUUCCACAACCCUUACUUCUUCCAUAUCCCUUCACCCUUCAAGGCCGAAGCUAUUAGUUAUUAGCCCUUACACUUUUGAAAUAAUGGUUCUUCCCUUCCAUGAUUUACCAGGAGUUCAGGUAUGAAAUAUAAAACAACAUCUUAACCGAAUAAAGCGAAAAAAGAACAUCUCCGAGGUUCCCCAUGACAAGAAAAAGACGUCAUUUGUCUUUUCUCUUAGCUUUUUCUCGGCAAUGGCAAUUGGGGCCUCAAUGUUUUUUUUUUAAAGGGGAAGGACCUCUAACAUGAUCCGUAAAUUUUCUUAGUGGAAUUAUUUUAUUUCAAGACUGAAACUCUAUUACUCUCGAUUUCCAAAGUUGAAAUAUAAUUUUACAACCCUCCUCUAUUAUCAUAUUAUCAUAUCAUACAUCAUAGUAUUUGGUUAUUCGUGGCACUACAUACAUUUUGGAGUCCUAUGCAAUCCCAUCUUGCCAGACUUUGUGACGUUAAUUGCCGCAUAUGUAUCUUCCUGCAAAUACAUAUUGCUUGUCCCAACC